CAACCUAGUUCUGGCGAUUUCAUUUUAAGCCCUAUUUACUUACAAUAUAUUCCCUGGUGGUCAUGUACUUUAUGUUAUUUUUCUUCUGUAUUGAGUCAUUCUGCAAAGUUAACACCAAAGUAAUAGAAACAACAGAUACCUACGAGCUGAUCAGGCUGCGACGAGGCUUUGGCUUUAGACAUGAGCUUUGCGGAUUGGAAAAUGGCGUAUACCUAGAGAGAUGGGACAGAAUCGAUUUCAAACGUGUUAAGUUUCUGUUGGCUGAUGCACGAUUUCCAAACAUGCCAAGUUUUACAACGUGUGUUCCAACGUUUGAGCAGCCUUCAAACUGGGGAGACUUCUUCGGUUCCCGUUUGAGGACGUAUUUUGUUCCUCUUCAAACUGGAAACCACUACUUCUUUCUUUCUUCAAAUGCUGGGAGCGAACUGUUUAUGAGCAUAAACGAUGACCCAAAGACCAAGGCAAUGAUCACUUACGUAGAUGGAGGAUUUCCUACUGGCCAGUAUGAAUAUGACAGGUUCCUCAAUCAAAAGUCCCUGCCGAUUCGUUUGAUCAAAGGAAAAUAUUACUACAUGGAGGUUAUUUUCAAGGACGAUCAUCAGAAGGAUCACCUGGAAGUUGGAUUAAAGACACCCGACGGAUCAUUUUACAAAGUAAUACCCUCCAUGUUUUUAUGGACAAAAGCGAAAUCAACUACCGCAGAAAACGCUACUGCUCUAGCAGUUAUAAUAAAAACAGCAGCGCGCGCCGGAGCAGCAGCUGGUUUAUCAUUUGGGGCAAAAUUGGCGAGUAAAAGUGGGGCAAAAGCAGGAGCUAAAGCUGGUGCGAUGGCAGGAGUGAGAGCUGGGUCAUCGUCUGGAGCUAAAGCAGGCGAGGAAGCUGCCAUCAAAACAAUUAAGAAAACGCUGGAAGAUUCUCUAAAUUUUCUUCAUGGAGACACUUUGCACAAAUUUAACAUAAUCAUAAAGAAUGGGAGCGUCAUGGCCGUUACAGGACCAGGAAUGGAUGGAAUGAGUGCCACCACAACUGGAGGGGCAGGUACAGGUAUUGGUGCGGGAGGGGGUGGUGGUGCUAGUGGUUUUGGAGGAGGGAUUGGAACCGCUUCAGCUGGUGCAUCUGGAACAGCUGGUGCAGCAGGCACAACUGGUACUUCUGGUACCAUUGGUGGUGUUGGUGCACCGGGAAUUUCUGGAGUUGCUGGAGGUGGGGUUGCGGGUGGAGGUGGAGGUGAAGUUAUUGGCGGAGGCACAGGAGUAGAGGGAGGGGGAGGUUCCAUUAGUGGAGCAGGAGGUGGAGUUGCCGCUGGAACCGGUAUUGGAACUGGUGCUGGUGCUAGUAGUGAAGCUGUUGGUGGAGCUGCUGUUGCAGGAGGUGUUGGAACUGGUGCUGGGGGUAGUGUUGCAACUGGUGGUGAAGGGGCUGGGGGCAUUGUUGGUGUGGGUUCAACCGGUGAAGCGACGAGUGGGGGAGAAGGCUAUUCAACACAGCGUGUAGUCACUUACAUACCAAAAGCAGGAGAAGAUCCACAGACCAUUGCUCGAGCGUUAGUUUGGAGAGUAGGAGCUGCAGCCAAAAUUGUAGAUAGAGGAUUAUACAGUGUCCACUCUUACUUCACUCCAUAUACGCAGGAGAAUGGGACCCUUAAUUUCUGCUGGCGAUCAAUCAAUGGCAAUGUAAAUUUAGAUCGCUUCUGCCAUGUCUUUAGAGCUCAUAUUCCUGGGUUGUACAAGCAAGCUAAAGAAAGAAAUACCACUGUAUCGUUUGAGUCAGUUUGUCGGCCGGGAUAUUUUAUGAGGCAGAAAAAUUACCGAUUUAUUCUUCAGGAAAGAGAUGGAUCAGAACUAUUUGAUAAAGACAGUUCAUUCACUCUCUUUUCUGUUAUGAAGUAUACAAGGAAUUUUCUGCUGAGUUCAUUCCAUAAGGACUGGUAUAUAUGUCAGGAUCCCAGGGAAAAGAUUUCUAUUCACAAGAACGGUGAUAUACUGCUGGACUUUUAUGACGGAAAUCCAGACGUCCUCGCUCGCUGCACAUUUCUAUUUCACCCCAUCGCUCAAAAUGAAAAUAUAUUGAGGUGGUGCAAGAACACAAUAGGGCCAGUGCAAACUCCAUCCAUAAGUGGUCAACCAUUGCCUCAUCCUCCGCACUUAAUUCCACUAGCAACAUCCAACUCCCCUGCUCUUCCAUCUUGUAUACCGGUAUGUCCUGCAGGAACUGGGGGUGGAUUGAUUGAGCAGGAAACAAGCGUCGGACCUUUAACACCGAUUAUUCCUUCACCACCUGAAGUAUCACAUGGACCAUCUUAUCUCCCGAAGACGUGUGUUGCAGUAAACUUCAUUAACAAAGUUGGCUCUCCAUUUAAACUUUUCUCGUCUCUCAAACACGAGGGAUAUCUCGUCACUGGAGCUGCCUUUAAAUUAAAACUGAUAAUAAAUCGACCUGAACUGCAUAGUCACGUUACAUUCUACGCCGAAGAUCUUUCAGGGAAACGAAAAAUUCUUCUUAAUGAACACUCGAGCUUAUCAGAGCCAGUGGUCGCUGGUUGUCCCCAGUCCAAGGACGUAUUUGUGACGACAGAGCAAGCACCCUCAAUGCCAAUGCCAGCACCACAACCACCAUCAGCGGCGCCUCCUUUUUCACAAGGUGCUUCAGGGGUUGCUCCCUCGUCUUCUCUGGUUUCAGUAGCAACCCCUCCCGCGCCAUCGCCAUCAGGUCCUAUCUCUCCGCCUGCGGCUCUACGUCCUCCGCCUCAAACAAUGACAAUAUCCCAGGCAGGUGCCUCUACAGCAGCUCCUGCCAAUCCCGUCAUACCUGGCGCACUUCCUUCCCCUGAGGUUAUGUGUCCCAUUACUAACAGCUUGGGCCUCUCCUCCUAAUGCACCAAAUAUUCUCGGCGCCACAUCCCAGGAAGGUGGCAAUCAUCGAAUUCAUUAUCAUUACCAUUAUCACGGGCCAAAUGAACCUGCACAUGAAUAUAAGGCGCAUGGAGACACCUAUGAAGCUCUGAUGGUCGACUAGUGGAUGAAAUAAUUGUAGAGGAUAAUCAUUCCUUUUACUGAGCUGCUUAGCUCGAUUUUCUUGCGAAGCUAAACGAAACGAUAUCUGUGGCGUUUACAGGCCGGCGAACGGAAUGCAAAAUAUCCUGAUAAUCUUGCAAAAAAUGUUUUCUAUGGGUUACUUCUUGAACUGACUUACUCUUUUAAUAAACAUGUAAAUCAUACGAGUUCUCUUCAUAAGAGCGACCUUGACAACAGAAUAAUAUAAUGGUUGUAAUAUUUCUUCUUUGUGUCUUAAUUAUGGUUUUUUUUCCGAUUGAAUGUUUUGAAUUAAAGUUAUAGA